UUGCAUAUCCCUCGGAUCACGAUUGGCAGGUUGCCGGUGACGUCGCCUCAACAGAAGCGCCUAACAUCCCUCGGGGGGAUUUUUUAAACCACAUAAAAAGCACUCCGCAUUCUCACCCGGAACCCUUGCACACACUUCUGUCUGGACUUGUUUACUUCUGGAAGCUGGCUGUGGUGCACAUGGAUGAUGCAAUCCCAAGUCCUCCACUGAUCCCAAGCCCACCAUUGAACUUCUCCCAUCGGUAUCACCGGGCUAGCCAAAAGGUGCCGUAUUAUGGUUAUCACCCAGGCGCUCCAUUACCCCCCUUUGUCAAAAAAAGGCUACCCAAAUACAGCUCACAGUACAUCCCACUGUAUGGGUUGAGAAGCCCUCCAUCCAAGAACAUUCCAUCGCAUGGAAAAGACCCUUAUGCUCCACUCUACAUCCCACCUGGUGUGACUAAUUAUCAACCGUGGAAUGCAACGGUACGGCCUGUACCGCAUGCAGCCAAGUACCCCAAACAAAAUUUAAUCAAGGACCCGAAACCACCAUAUGCAGAUGUGUAUCAGAAACCUUUGCCGUUCACAAUUCCAUAUAAUGGCAUGACAAAAGGGCCACACGGCACCAUUAAUAAGGGCUCACUCCCAUGUGUAACCAGUACCCCACUACCCCGUAUGAGCAAAGGUCCAGUACUGUAUUCCGCCAAUGCCUCUCAGCCAUGUAUAAACAAGGUUCCACUUCCCCGAGUGACCAAAGGUCCAGUGCUGUAUGCAACCAAAAACCCGUUGCCACAUACAAUUAAGGACCCACUAGCACGUGUGAACAAAGGCCCAGUACUCUAUUCAGCCAAAGGCCCGCAUGCCUUCACAGCCCACCUUUCACAAGUAAAUGUGACAAAGGGCACACAACCAUGCACAGUAAAGGACACGCUGCCACGCACAACCAAAGGGCCUCGCUUAGUUGUGACCAAAGUCCCGAGGUUCAGUGCGCUGAGGGCCUCACGCUCUUUCCUGAAAAGGGGCUCACGGCCCAACCUGACGAAAGGCUCGCAACCCUGCUUGGUGAAGGGCUCACGGCCAUCCCUGGCAAAGGGUUCCCGAUUUUCUCUGGCAAAGACCUCGCAGCCCAGCCUGGCGCAUACAUCCAUGCACCCGGCCCCGAAAAAACUUUCCAAAAAUGUUAAGAUUACGAGCACUGGGAAGAAGUAUUGCUCGGCAACCAAGUGGCCUUUCUGAAGACUGCAGGAGGACUAGGGUACUCAUCUGGCUACCAUGUACAAAGGGCUGGGCUCACAUCACUGCCAGUGCAUAGCUCUUUUGUCUCCUCAUCCAAGCCAUGAAGAUUUAAGCCACCAGCUCAAAGCAACACCCAGCUCUGUUCGCAGAUUUUAUUAUUUAUGCCAAAUGCUGUUCCUACUGUCCUGUUGAUGUUGGGAUAUGUGAUUUGAUUCAUUUUUUUAAAAAUGACCCAACAUAUUUUUCUGACUCAUUUGUUUUACACUGUUUUUAACAUUGCCAGUUCUACUCAGAGUAGACCCAUCGAAAUUAAUCAACAGGAUUAAUGUUUAUCCUUGCAUUUCAGUGGGUCUACUCUAAGUAGCACUAAUCAGAUACUAUGUGACCCGCCCUCGGUGAAGGGCAAUAAAUAAAUAAAUUAUUGUUGCUACUAUUAAACUAGGAGUUCUAGCUGAUUAAGUCCUACUCAGGGUAGACCCAUUCAGAUCAAUGGCCUAAUUUUAAAAAAUAGGUCGAAUAAUUGUAGAUAAGUAUUGAAAAUAAUGGACCUAAGUUAGUCAUGUGCAUUAAUUUCAAUGCGUCUGAUCUGAGUAGGGCUAACAUUAGAUGCAACACAUUGCAAUCAAUAGGCUUAUGUUAGUCAUGCCUGUAAAGUUCAAUGGGUCUGCACUGAGUAGGGCUAGCUCUGGAUAUAACUUUAUCUGUUUACAGAUUUUAUUGCAUUCACUCUUACUUUUCCUCCAGCUGUAUUGGUUCGUAUCCAACAUGAGUCGUGCUCAAAGUAGACCCAUCCAAAUUUAACAGGCACAACUAAUGUAGGCCUAUUGAUUUGAGUGUGGCCACUCUGAGAAGGACUUAGUUCGACACAACUCUCCGAUGUUCUUUUUCCCAAUCUGAGUGUUAAGCUUUCAUUUUUAAAUAAAAGAGAUUGUUGUAUACUUGGUUGUAUUGUCAGACUUUUACUAUAAAAAAAACACAAAACUUUGUUCUG